CACACGCUGGAUCCUGGACGGGGGGGAGGCCGGGGGAAGGACUAGAGAUUCCGCUUACAGGUGACAGUUGCAGCCAAACUCGUUACUCUUUAGUGGCAGCGUUUUCAGGUUCAACGACACCUUUUAGGUAUGGAACUUAACGAUUUUGGCUGACUGUUUCGCAGAGAUUUGUUGAGUACCUGUCAUUUAAAAGUUACAGUGUUAAGCUCUGGGCAGAUGCAAAGAAGAAGAAUAUCUAGUUUUCCUCUUGGGACUUUAACGUCUAAAGAUAAACUACCUAAAAAUUGAGCAAAGCACAAUGGAACAUGAUUCCAAAGGCAAAUAGCGAGGGUUGCUGUGUUUGCUGAUGAUUCAGGUGUAGGAUUUGAAGGUGUGCAGAAACUGGCAGGGCGUGGUGAGCAAGAUGGUUGAGCUUUACAGGAAGGCAGGUCUCUUUCCCUUUCGGUAGCAGGAAGCAGGGACGGGGUUGUCCAGGCAGGCUCUGGGGCAGAGCAGUGGCCCCUGGGUCUGUGUGGCGUGGACCCUGCCCGAGCACACUGGGUGCGAUGCGUGGCUGUGCUGGUGCUGUAAACCGGGUUUAUUACUGGUUGUAGAGCCGAAGAGUUCUGGUCCGUUGAGAGGCCACUAGAAAAUUGGCGUAUUUUAUGUAACUGUAUUACUUUGCUUCCAUGGUGUUGAUGUUGUUGCUUUUGAUUGUGGACGAGUAUGGGGCAGAGUUAGGGAGGCUUGGUGACCCUAGACGCAGUGCUUUCUCACCGGAGUUCUGAGAUCUGUAUCUCUAUGGCUUCGGUUAUCUGCGCGGGGCUGGGAAUGAAGAUCUGUGAGAGCUUUAAGCUGUGAAUGCAAAGAAUGCUGCGUUCUGGUGGAGAGGAGCUGCUUCACUGCGUCUGCAUUUCGCCGUCGCCUCGAUGCCUUUUGCCUAAACGGACUGCAGGAGACAUAGAUCUGGGUAGACAGCGUGGCUGCAGGCCUCAGGGUUGGCAUCCCUGCCGCCUUUGAACGGAGCGUGUUGGCAGUUCAGGGCCCAGCUCAGCCUGCAUCCUGCAUCCCGCAUCCCACAUCCUGCAUCCUGCAUCAUGCCCGCGCUGUCCGCAGGCUCGGGGAGCGACACAGGUCUGUAUGAGCUGCUGGCGGCUCUGCCAGCCCAGCUGCGGCCACAUGUGGACAGCCAGGAAGACCUGACCUUCCUCUGGGAUGUGUUUGGUGAAAAAAGCCUGCAUUCACUAGUCAAGAUUCAUGAGAAACUUCACUACUACGAGAAGCAGAAUCCCACGCCCAUCCUCCAGGGGGCGGCAGCCUUAGCUGGUGACCUGGCGGAGGAGCUUCAGAACAAGCCAUUAAGCAGCGAGAUCAGAGAGCUGUUGAAACUACUGUCAAAACCCAAUGUGAAGGCUUUGCUCUCUGUGCACGAUACUGUGGCUCUGAAGAACUAUGAUCCCGUGUUGCCUCCUAUGCCUGAUGAUAUUGAUGAUGAGGAAGACUCGGUGAAAAUCAUCCGUCUGGUCAAGAACCGAGAACCGCUGGGAGCUACCAUUAAGAAAGAUGAGCCCACCGGGGCCGUGGUUGUGGCCAGAAUCAUGAGAGGAGGAGCUGCAGACAGAAGUGGUCUUAUUCACGUUGGCGAUGAACUGAGGGAAGUGAAUGGGAUACCUGUCGAGGAUAAAAGCCCUGAGGAAAUCAUUCAGAUCUUGGCUCAGUCUCAGGGCGCAAUCACAUUCAAGAUUAUACCCAGCCUCAAGGAGGACACACCAUCAAAGGAGGGCAAGAUGUUUAUCAAAGCCCUCUUUGACUAUGACCCUAAUGAGGAUAAAGCAAUUCCAUGUAAGGAAGCUGGGCUUUCUUUCAAAAAGGGAGAUAUUCUUCAGAUUAUGAGCCAGGAUGAUGCAACAUGGUGGCAGGCGAAGCACGAAGGAGAUGCCAAUCCCAGAGCAGGCUUGAUUCCCUCAAAGCAUUUCCAGGAAAGGAGAUUGACUCUGAGACGACCAGAAAUAUUAGUCCAGCCCCUGCAAGUUUCCAACAGGAAAUCAUCUGGUUUUAGAAGAAGUUUCCGUCUUAGUAGAAAAGACAAGAAAACAAAUAAAUCCAUGUAUGAGUGCAAGAAGAGUGACCAGUACGACACAGCCGAUGUGCCCACUUAUGAGGAGGUGACACCCUAUCGACGGCAGAUGAAUGAGAACUACAGACUCGUUGUCUUGGUUGGUCCUGUAGGGGUAGGUUUGAAUGAACUGAAACGAAAGCUGCUGAUCAGUGACACACAGCACUACGGCGUGACGGUGCCCCACACCACCAGACCAAGGAGAAGCCAGGAGAGUGAUGGGGUUGAGUAUGUCUUCAUUUCCAAGCAUUUGUUUGAGACCGAUGUACAAAAUAACAAGUUUAUUGAAUAUGGUGAAUAUAAAAACAACUAUUACGGCACAAGUAUAGACUCGGUUCGGUCUGUCCUAGCUAAAAACAAAGUUUGUUUGUUGGACGUUCAGCCUCAUACGGUGAAGCACUUAAGGACACUAGAAUUUAAGCCCUAUGUGAUAUUUAUAAAGCCUCCGUCAAUAGAGCGUUUGAGGGAGACAAGAAAAAAUGCAAAGAUUAUUUCAAGCAGAGAUGAGCAAGGUGCUGCAAAGCCCUUUACGGAAGAAGACUUUCAAGAAAUGAUUAAAUCUGCCCAGAUAAUGGAAAGUCAAUAUGGUCAUCUUUUUGACAAAACAAUAGUAAACGAUGAUCUCACCGUGGCCUUCAGUGAGCUUAAAACAACUUUUGACAAACUGGAGACAGAUACCCACUGGGUUCCAGUGAGCUGGUUGCAUUCGUAACUAAGGGAAAUUUCCAUAAUUAUCUUUUCUGUAGAGUGCAUGAUUAAAUCAGUUACCAUUUUGGUGGUAGGGUUUUUUAAUCUAUAUCACUGUUAAGAUGUGCAAUCUUGGUUAAAAUUGAUGUGUUGGUUUUGUUUGUAUCUUUUUACAGCCUUAUUUCAAGCACAGUGUUUGAGUUUAAGGUCCAAAGUCAAAAUCUGCCCAGUACCGUAUCCUCGUUUUCUUGACUGUGUAGCUCUAUCUCCAGAAUGGGGUUGAACUUUUUAGGGAGACAUAGCUGGAGAAUGUACACGGGAGUUCAGUGCUUCAGCUGGUCUCCGACGUCAUCACUGCCUUGGAGUUUGCAUGUCAGCCACUGAAUACGUUCAGUUCACAGUCUUCAGGAGCCAGACAUCAUCAUAGAGGCGCCUGGGCUGGCAGUAAGGCCGAGUCCUCUUACUAUUCUGCAAGUGCAACCUUUUUCUUACGUAGACACAACAUAUUCACAGUUACAGUUUGAGAAGGCCUUAUGAGUGCAUAUAUCAGUGACUCAACAAAUGUUUAAUAAGGGAAGAUGGGCUUUUAAAAAUUACUAUUUAUGAAACUAAAAACCUUUCUUUAUGGCUUAAGAAUGGUGAUAUCCUGGGGCAAGUAACGUUACAAAGGACAUUUUUAUUUGUAAAUCCUCAGACAACAUUUCUGGACUCACCAGAAAUUCUGGAGCCAGUUAUCUGGCUUUGGGUUUUCCCAAUAAAUUAUAAGAAUGAUUCCUAUUCUAAAAGUAGGUUUUACUUGUUACUGCUACAGUUAAAGAAAAUGUGAUCAUUUUUCAAAUGUGUGCAAUUGAUCACAAUAUAUUUAAAUUGCACUAUAAGAUAUAUUUUAGAAAACUUUUCAUGUAAUGUUAUUUCUUCGUCAUCAAAAUAUUUAACACUGGCCAGAUACCAUCCUAGUCUUGCCAUUUUUAAAGAAGUUUAAGAAAGACUCUUCUGUUGUAAAUAUUUAGAUGGGAUCUCUCAUUUUUCUUUGAUGCUACUUAUCUUCAGCAAGUAAAUUAUACAGCUCAAAAUACCAGAAAUGUCCAUAGUUGUAUAAGAGAACAUGUCCUCCCAUUCUUGCAUGCCAUAAGACCCUGUCAAUCAGAAAUCAUUGCAUCUGUGACUUUCAAACAGAAAAAACGAUAUUUUUUGUUGAUUUGUAAAGAGAGUUUAGAUGUCCUGUUUAAAGAAAAAGAGUGUAGUGAAAUUUUAUAUAUUUAUGAAAUAUUUGAAAGGCAUAUUUUUUUAAUUAUCAAAUGAGGCUAUUCAUUAAAUAAAUAGUAUGUAAAGACAUCAUAAUUUAAGAUAGUAGUUUUAUAAGUCAGGGUCAACAUUCCAUGUAAAUAUUUGACCUUUAUUCAUAUGCAGAUCCACAAGUGUGUUCUGUGUGCACAGUUGAUAGCAUCACUCACUGAGUUUCCUUCAGACGUGUCAAGUUUCAUACCUUGAUACACACUCACAGCUAAAUAGAUAACCAGACAUUGUUACUUGACAGCAUAAUCCAAACAGCAAGGUCUAAGUUAAUUAACUAAAUAGCAAGCAAUUUAGUUUAAAAAGGGGUUGGUGGGUUGCCAGAUCUAAUAUUGAAGCCAUACUUUAUAGUUGUGUGGCUGGUCUAAGAAAGUACAAAUCUUCCUUAGGUGGUUUGGGGAGAAUAUUCUCUUUGAACAUUGACUGAAAUUUCCGAAAAAUCAGGACUUCCUAGGAAAUGAAUUAUAAUUUAGGCAGUCCAAAUUCUUUGUUCAGAAAUAGUACCUGGUUUGCUUUUUUUCAUUUACAGACAAUUGCCUCAAUUCGUUCCUGCGGAGGUAGAGAGAGUGUAACGUGGUAGAAACGGAGUCCUUUUUGGUGGUGGUGGUGGAGGUGUUAUAGAAAUAUAUUUGUCCAGCCUUUCUCCCUUUUUACACGAGAGCUGGGCAGUAUUUUUUUAAAUAAUGAAAAGAGGUACUUCAGCAAUUUGAAAAAUCUUUUAUCGGGUAAUAUACAUACGUGGUCAUGCAAGUGACGUUUACAUGGCCACCUUGAUGCUUAGAAAGAGAUUCAGUUAAAAUUUAAUGCGGCAGGGCCAACUCCAUGGCCUCUGACUAACGUUGCAAAGGGCCCUUGAUUCUGUACUUAUGCAUCCUCAGCUCCCUCUCCAGCAAGGACAGACUAGUUCUUCAGGCAGGUUGCUUCUGAGACAGUGUCAGCCACUAUUUGAGAGAACAGGAAUAUUGGGUUUUUUAAGUCCAUGUAUUUAAAAUCCAAGAUCAAGAAGAUAAUUCCAUAUUCCCAUUAUUAACAUACUGGAAUCUUUUUUUUUUUUUUACCAUUAUUUUACUUACCAAUAUAGACAUUAUCGAUAUCUUUAAGGCUGACCUUCCUGGCAUUGUGUAAUGAUUGAAUGUAUCUAAAUUGUAAUAAUUUAAAAUUGACAAACAUGUAAAACGAAAUUAUGUUGUUAAAAGUUUCCUGAAGAUAGAGUUUUAUUAUUUAUUUUCUUUUUGACUAGUAAGAGUUUAUAAAUAAAAGUCAUGGAAAACCUUUGAGCUUAA